AUUCUCGUUUGCAGAAGAGUUAUUUGGCAUGGCAAGAUAAGGCCUUUGGAACAAAAAAUAUGAAACGGUGCAGAAGUACAUCGCCAAUUAAUGUUGAUGCCUCAGCAACUGGAAGUAUCUAUGAUAGUUCAAGGCUGAGUGAUACGGAGAUAUUUGACUUGGAAUCAACUGCAAUAUCUUAUAUCAAAAGGCCUAGGAUUGAGGUGAAUCAAACCCUGUUUGAAGAAAUUACAGCAAUUAACCACCAACUAAUAGACACUGUAUUAGAUGUCAGUGACGAAGAUACCCCUCCAACAGUAGUCUCAGCUCAAUUUAGAGGUGGUCAAGGAACCAUUGUCCGGUGCUCCUUCAUUCCCGUGACCAUCGAUCCCAGUCUGAGGUCACAGCACCCUUCAGCUCAAAUGCUUCCAAUCCAGCCUUUACGAUUGCUUGUUCCUGCAAAUUAUCCAUUGUGCUCUCCCAUAUUUCUAGACAAGUUGAGAGUGGAAGUCGGUGAUGAGCUAGAAGAUUUUUCAGCAAAGGUAAAAUCAAAGCUGAAUAUGUCGCUCCGGAGGCUGAUGGAACCCUUGUCACUUGGGGAGAUAGCAAGGACGUGGGACAUUUGUGUGCGAGCGGUUGUCGCAGAAUAUGCAGAGCAGAAUGGGGGAGGAAACUUGAGUUCCAAGUAUGGAGGGUGGGAAGACUGUAUGAGUGCUGCUUGAGCAAUUAAUUUUGUGCCUGUUCAGAUUCUAGGCUAAGUGUACAGAUUCUGGAUGAUUGUAAUCUAUUUAUUUGUGUUCUUGAUGAGGAUUCCUCUCUUCUUUUUCAUGUGUUUUCAACUUUUUACCUUUUGGUAAUUUAAAUUAAGUGUUGCUGAUUAUGUCACA